CAUGUCUAUGGCCAACCGCACUACAGUGACCAAGUUCAUUCUCCUGGGAUUCCCUAGCAAGCCUGUGAUCCAGGUUAUCCUCUUUCUGGUGUUCUCCACAAUGUACAGCAUGGUUCUUUUGGGGAACAUUGGGUUGAUGGUGCUGAUCAGAUCCAAUUCCCACCUCCAGACUCCUAUGUACUUUUUCCUUAGUAACUUGUCUUUUGUGGAUCUCUGCUAUUGCUCCGUGAUUGUUCCCAAGAUGCUGGUCAACUUCUUAUCAGAGAGGAAGACUAUUUCUUAUGCUGGCUGUGGGCUACAGUUUUACUUCUUCUGCACCUUUGCUGACACAGAGUCAUUUAUCUUAGCCACCAUGGCAUAUGACCGAUAUGUGGCCAUUUGUAACCCACUGCUCUAUACAGUUACCAUGUCACAGAAGGUGUGUGUCAUGCUAGUGUUGCUGUCCUACCUAGGAGGCACCCUAAGUGCACUGGUCCACACUUGUUUUGCAUUCAGGCUCUCCUUCUGUGGCCCCAACAUAAUAAAUCACUUCUUCUGUGACCUCCCGCUGCUCCUUAAGCUCUCAUGCUCUGACACAACCCUCAAUGAGCUCCUGCUGAAGAAAAAUCCUACACAUAACGUGACAGAAUUUAUCCUCUUGGGACUUGCAUUCAGUCCAGAGUUAGAACAUGUGUGUUUUCUGUUGUUUCUAUGCUUCUACAUAAUUAUCAUGCUCGGGAAUCUCCUCAUCAUUGUCACUGUAAAGAGCAGUAAAAGCCUAAACUCCCCAAUGUAUUUCUUCCUGAGCUACCUGUCCUUGGUAGAUAUAUGCUAUUCUUCUGUCACAGCCCCAAAACUCAUUGCAGACUUCCUUGUUGAGAAGAAAACUAUAUCCUUCAAGAGUUGUAUGGCACAGUUGUUCUGGUUUCAUUUCUUUGGCUGCACUGAGAUUUUCCUCCUCACAGUGAUGGCAUAUGAUCGCUUUGUGGCAAUCUGUAAACCUCUCCAUUACAUGACCAUCAUGACACGAAGUGUGUGCAGUUUUCUAGUAGCAGUGUCAUGGGUUGGGGGCUUUGUGCAUUCCAUGAUACAGGCUCUCCUGACCGCUCAGCUCCCCUUCUGUGGGCCCAAUGAAAUAGAUCACUAUUUCUGUGAUGUGCACCCUUUGAUGAAACUAGCCUGUAGUGACACUUACAUAGUUGUCAUCAUGGUUGUUACUAAUAGUGGGAUGAUUUCCCUGAGUUGUUUCUUUCUCUUACUUAUAUCCUACAUUGUCAUCUUACUCUCUUUGCGAACUCACUCUUCUGAAGGACGGGCCAAAGCUCUUUCCACCUGUGCAUCCCACAUCACUGUUGUGAUUUUAUUUUUUGGGCCAUGUAUCUUCAUCUAUUUACGACCUUCUGCCACCUUCUCGGAGGAUAAGAUGAUUGCUGUAUUCUACACCAUCAUCACCCCCAUGCUGAAUCCACUGAUCUACACCCUCAGAAAUGAGGAGGUGAAAAAUGCAAUGAGAAAACUGGGGAGCAGAAAAGUGACUUUGAUAGAAAAAUGA